AGGAAGCGAGCGGUCUUUAUUUCCGCUGCAGCAACGAGAAGGAGUACGUCAUAAAAGAAAGGAAAAUGUGGACGGAAAGGACAAACUAAGGCCAGGAUAAGAAACAUCCACCUCGCACCUCCACGAAAUCGGUCGCAAGGUAACCGAUUGCCGUUGUCCUCUCCUGUCGAGUCCUCCUUGGCUAAAGGGUCGAGUCUAGGUCGUUGUUGCGGUGUGUUUCCGUUUGCUUGCUCGGCUCCAUUAGCCCGCUUUUAGCGAUGGGCACCAGGGCAAGUCGCCUCCAGGAGGACCCGGUCCCGUCCGCCCUCGGCAAAGACGCCACCAAGCGGGAUUCAUAUCGGCGGCCCCGCUGCGCAAGGCCCACCAGCCUCAUGGUGGACUUCUCGGGGAGCUUCGAGGACACCGAAGUCAACCGGAGCCGCUCAGAGGAGGGAAGCGACUCCGAUCUGGGCCAGCAUGGCGCUAGCGCCGACGGCAGCCCGGCUGACCACCACAGCAUCCCGGCUAGCAUGAGCCAGGCGUCCCCGGCAGAUGACGACAACAACAGCGAGGGCAAGCCCGAAGAGGACGGCAGCACAAGCACGGAGGCUGUCGUCAACGCGGAGCACCAGCCCGGGGAGGAAACAGGCCGCACACCGCACCGCACUUUCUCCGAGCGGCUGCCCGGAAAUCGACACGCCGGGGGCCGCAGCGUCGGCGCCAGGUCGGCCCGGGUUCGGGGUACACACCAGCGGCCGGUAUCCGAAGCUUGGAUCGGCAUGUACCGGGUCAACAACCGCCAUGGAAAUAUCCGCUGUCCUUUCUGCUCCAAGCCCUUCCCGGGAGGUCGGAUUGAGGAUCACCUGUUGAGCUGCCUCACUUCCCCACCGCUUCCUUACAACACGGAUGUGCUGAGCAAAGACAGUGGCGAGUGUUCCAUCUGUCUGGAGGAUCUGUUGCAGGGCGAGACCAUCGCCAGGUUGGCGUGCCUCUGCGUCUACCACAAGAGCUGCAUUGACGCCUGGGCCAAAGUGAAGCCCUGCUGCCCCGAGCAUCCUUCAGACUAACUCCCAGGUCACAUGACUUCCCCAUGGUGACCACGAAAGACUCAGGAGACCACGUCCUUACUCUCUCCCUCUCAGAUAUAUACGAAAAAUAUAAAUAUAUAUGAAAUAUGUCAGCGAACCAAUAAAGAAGACAACACAAGACCCUCAAAGGAAGCUUCCGGGUGGCUUGGACCUGGUCCGGACCAUUUCAAGACAAACAAAAAUGGCUGCUUUUGUUGUUUUUUUUGUUUGUUUUGUUUCUUUUUGACCCUGGCAUGUUGGCCUCCAACAUAUUCUCUCCCUGGAAUCACAUGGAACUUUUAGAGGACAAAAGAUUGUCUCAGCUCUGAGUCCGAGGUGGUUUCAAUGGGUAUUUUAGGGGAAGAAAUGAACAUGUUGUCCCACAUGGGACUUCUUUCCCCGUCAGCCGGCUAGAGGGCGGCGGUCUGAUGGGGUCGGGGGUGGGGGGCGUCGUUACUGGGUGUUUAGUGUUAACAUUUCAGCACAUUUUCCUGGAGGGGGUACUGUGCCAGCGUGGAGGUGAUAGUGCUGCUAGUGUGUUAGCUCCAUUAGCGCUGCUGUUUGCACCCAUUUGAGCACUUUUUGUCCCUUGAGGCUUUUUUUUUUCCUGUUUGCUUGCUUCAGGUCUGGUUUGGGAUGGCUGUGACGAUGAUGAUGACAACGAGGAUAGUGAGUGUUUACUGUGACUGUGAAUUAGGUCAGUUUAAAAAACAAAAA